GCCCUUUUCGCCCCGCGGUGUUCACUGGUCGACUUACGCACUUACCACCUCUCUCGAAGACACGUCGCAGCUGGUGUGCGGGGAGGCGCUGGGGCCAGCGGGGAACAGCAUAUGCCAGGUCUACCGGAAUCAGUCGUGGCGAUUAUCCACUUCAGUCGAGUCGUCCCUGAACUUCUAUGGGUUUAUGAUUACCUUUUGACUCUUCAUAGCGAGGUGGAUUACUGCCGCAAGCACCGGCGCUGGAGCGUUGCGUUUCUGCUGUUCCUCGUCGCGCGGUACUUCCCUCUCGGGUUGAUCGGCAUUGACUUCGCCCUGCUGGUGGCACCUCCCCAAGCUGAAAUUGAGUGUGCCGUUAUGGUCCGGUUCUACAUCCUCCUCCUCCUCGUAGUGACGUUUGCGACUGAAGCCCUCUUGCUUCUCCGGAUGAUGGCAUUGUGGUCGUUGCAACGUAGACUGUCCAGAUUGCUGGUCUCCCUGUUUACGAGCAUUUGGAUUGUCAUAACAGUGGCGAUAAUUGUCAAUCAAAUCAAUGUCUAUAUCAGCGUCUCGCAUAGUCACCUUACUGGGUGCAUAACCAGCGGAGGUGAGGUCCUGGCCUCGGUGAAGUUUGCUUUGGUAGCCUUGUUCGAAAUCGUUAUCGUUGGGGCGACUGCGGGAGGAGCAUUUCGACGCGCCGGGCGCGAGAAACGACGUCCGAUAUACACGGUCCUCAGACAAGGCAACCUUUUAUACUCUGUGCCGCUGUGUCUCUUGUCUUUCGCCAACGCAUUCAUGUUCGCGUUCAUGAAACGUCAUAUUUUCGGAACGGAAACGCAGAUGUUCCCCCUCCCUCUGUUCAGCUUCCAGAGUGUGAUGCAUAGCAUCGUCGCCUGUCGCGUCCUCUUCGAGGUCCAGCGUGCCGAAGUGACGAGUCACUUUCAGGGCCCUGUCUCUAUGUCUGACAUUGACCUCCCUCCGAUACCGCUCGACAACACCAGCGGCCACCACGACCCUAUCUCAGCACGUCCACAUUCAAACUAUCAGCCAGUGUGGUCCGACCUGGGGGAUCAGCAGAGCUACAAUCACGACGGCAUAUACAAGGAGAACAACCGUAGCGGCGAUAACAAUGACGGAAGCGAUGACGACGACGAAAACGAGCUAUCACCUCUAAGUCGACGUACCUCGUGGAGCUCGCCGGACGUUAUCGAGCAGGUCCCGAGAGUGGUCGUGUCUAUUCACGAUCGCGGUGAGGGGUCAUCUUCUUUAGCUUGAGCACACCAUGUACACACGACUCAACGCACACGUUGAUAAUAAU